AAGAUACGCACUGUGGAGCGUGCAUGGGCAUGGGAUGUCGUGGUGUACCUUGACUCCUCUCGCGUGAGUCAAAACGCGAAUGAUCGUGGCAAGAUCAACGAAAACAACGGGCGUGUGUCUCGUUCGGCGAUCCGUUGAUCCGUUCAGCGACUUUUACAUAUGUACUGAUCACGAACUAACGUCGAUCGCAGUCGCUCCGCUUUCGCACAGCAUAAAGAGACUCUACGUUUGACGUAUGAAAAGAUGGUGACCGACCGAUAGCGGGGUUUAAUGAUAACGCAAAUCCCGAGUGUUUCCAUUAAUUUUUGUCGUCGAUAGGAUUAUUAAUCAAGCGAGGGAUGGACGGCAAAUCGGUACUGGGGAUAUCGUGAGCAGCUGAAGACGUCAAUCUUGGUUCGUAUCGACUGGAGUUGCGAGAUAUCUUGUUCCUUUGGUCGGAACGUUUUAUAUACGACAAGCCAGCCAAGUUCGCCAAGUGACAGCAUUAACGACCGUGAGAUCUCAGAACUGCAAUCUUCACCACGUCGUAAUUCCUCGUACAAGCUCGUGACAGCUCUCAAUCAAUAUCAUGAGAAAGUAACUUCAGAGAAUUAUGAAUCCUUUAAGACAGUUACUUUGAAUUUUAAUAAAUUCCAUACAAUGUCCCAUUGCGAAGAAGAAGUGGUAUCACCUGGUUUUCACCAAUUGAGUAUUACAAUUGAAGCAGCAAUACUAAGAAGUUCAACUUUCCUAAAGCCUAAUCCAUAUAUAGAAUUCUCAGUUGAUGACAAAAGUCCUCGCAAAACAGAAGUGUCAAAGUCUACUUAUCAACCAAAAUGGAACGAAGAAUUUACAAUACUUGUCACACCAUAUUCACAGUUGCACUUUCGACUGCUUGACCAUAGUACAUUUCGCAAAGACACAUUAAUAGGAGAGAAACGAAUAAGCUUAUUUCAAGUAUUAUCACAUUAUAAUGGGAAAUUAGAAAAUUUAGAAUUGACAUUUGAUUUGAUGAGCGAGAGCAAACACGACUCACAGCUGUGUAAAGUCGGCGAAUUGAUCACGGUUUUCGAUGGACUUAAAAUAGAUACUACCAAUGAGACCUUACUUAAUAUUAGUGAGCCACCCUGCCAAAUACAAUCUGAUGGUGCCACAAACAACGAUACAAUCAAUAAUCGAAGUAUCCUUAAUGGAGGAGUUCGCGCACGUAUGAGAUUGCACAGUUCGGAGAGUCUCGCUCCGUCUGUAUGUCGUCCCUUCACGAAUGUUCAUCUCAGUCCCAAUUACAACAGCGGAAACAGCCAAACAAAUAGCAACAAGAAUGUCGGGUCCACGUCCGCGAUUAAUAUUGACGGGACAUCGAGUAACGUCGGUAGCAGCAGCAGUAGCGGCAGCCUUUCCGCGAGCUCCUUAGCGAAUGGACACGCGAUUUCGAUGGCGGAUAAGUCCACGGUAUCCCCGGGAAGUCGUAGACGCACCUAUGUCACAGACGUACGAACUCUCGCGGAUAUACGCAGACUAGCUUUGAAGGAUCAACCAGCGUCGGUCAGUUACACGCGCAACAGUUAUGGCGCGGAGCAUUCGUCGAUGCUCAAGCCGGAUCCGCGUAGUGCGUCUCGAUCGGAGCAGUCCGCGGUGAUGACCGGGAUGUGCACAGAUGCUCGUGUAAUAUCUCGACAGGAACAGUCCGUACUCUCCAACAACGCUGACGCUUCGUCCUCUUCUCAUUCCGAUCCGAACGUGUCGCCGCACACGGAUGGGCGCGGCGUUCUACGAAUAGAACAACCGAUCUCCGGUGCCGCCGGCGGAGCCGCUUUCCAAGACAGUCGUACGAUCACACGAUCGGAGCAGUCAAGCAGCGUUCUCUUGGCGGACGAUCUGCGCGGAAUGAGACAACAACCUGAGCAAUCCACUAGUAUCCGCGUGAACGAAGACUUACGCACGAUGAGACAACCGGAACAACAGUCCACCACGAACGUACGCGUCACCGAGGAUUUGCGAGGGAUGAGACAGCAAAAUGAACAGUCUACAAGCAUUCGUAUAGGCGAAGAUUUACGCGCGAUGAGACAACAGCAACAGCAACAGCAAGCGGAGCAAUCGGCCAGCGUUCGCUUGGCGGACGAUUUACGAGUUUCUCGCACGGAUCAAUCGUUAAACGCGCCGCUUCUCGAUCAACGUGUAGUACCACGCAGUAGCCAGCAAAAUACGAAUAUCCCGUUGACGACGGAUGGUCGCACAAGUUCUGGUCGAUCGGAACAGUCGGCGGUAAUCCCUUUAACGGACAGCCGUGCGAUUCCCAUGGUGGAACACAUGUCACCCGCCACGCUGCCGGAUAUUCGUUCGGUGCCACGAAUCUCGCAAGCUGCAGCCUCAUUACCAAGUCAGUCCACCGCUAUGCCCAUUGCCGGGCAAUCUUCCGUCACGCAACCGGGAGUGUUGAUAACUGAGGACGUCGCUCAUUCAGAGGAACCCUUGCCAACGGGUUGGGAAAUGAGAUAUGAUGUAUACGGGAGAAGAUAUUAUGUCGAUCAUAAUACUCGAAGUACAUCUUGGGAAAGACCGCAACCUUUACCCGCUGGAUGGGAGGUCCGUCGUGACCCGAGGGGUAGAAUUUAUUAUGUCGAUCAUAAUACAAGAAGUACUACUUGGCAAAGACCAAACACAGAAAGACUACAGCAUUUCCAACACUGGCAAGGCGAGAGACAAUAUGUCGUUCAACAGGGGAACCAAAGGUUCCUCUAUCCCCAAGCUCAUGGGAAUCAAGCUGCUGCAUCGGGUCCGUCGACGUCCAUGGGUGAUGACGACGACCCUCUGGGACCAUUACCCGCCGGUUGGGAGAGACGAAAGCAGCCAGAGGGCAGGGUUUAUUACGUGAAUCACAAGAAUCGAACUACGCAGUGGGAGGACCCUCGUACGCAAGGUCAGGAAACUGGUAUUGAAGAGCCGCCGUUGCCGGAUGGUUGGGAGAUACGGUUGACGGAAGACGGGGUUCGAUAUUUCGUGGAUCAUAACACUCGGACGACGACGUUCCAAGACCCAAGACCCGGUGCACCCAAAGGCCCGAAAGGUGUGUAUCGUGUUCCGAGGGCGUAUGAAAGAUCAUUCCGAUGGAAGUUGUCUCAGUUUCGCUUCUUAUGCCAGACUAACGCGCUGCCUAACCAUAUUAAGAUUAGCGUUAGUCGGCAGACAUUGUUCGAAGACUCGUAUCAUCAAAUAAUGAACGCGGAAGCUUUCGCAUUGAGACGACGAUUAUACAUAAUAUUUAAGGGAGAAGAAGGCCUGGAUUACGGGGGUGUAUCUAGAGAAUGGUUUUUCUUGCUGAGUCAUGAGGUUUUAAAUCCGAUGUACUGCCUGUUCGAAUAUGCUAACAAAAGCAAUUACAGCUUGCAAAUAAAUCCAGCAUCGUACGUUAAUCCUGAUCAUUUACAGUACUUCAAAUUUAUCGGAAGGUUCAUUGCAAUGGCUCUUUAUCAUGGUCGAUUUAUUUAUAGCGGUUUUACAAUGCCAUUUUAUAAGCGCAUGUUGAAUAAAAAAUUAGUUAUGAAAGAUAUAGAAUCUAUUGACCCAGAGUUUUACAAGUCGCUCGUGUGGAUAAAGGAGAAUAAUAUUGAUGAAUGUGGCCUAGAACUAUACUAUAGCGUGGAUUUUGAAAUUCUCGGUCAAGUAAUACAUCAUGAAUUGAAAGAAGGUGGCGACAAAGUUAGAGUAGGUGAAGACAAUAAAGAAGAAUAUAUCAGGUUAAUGACGGAAUGGAGAAUGACAAGAGGUAUAGAGGAACAAACGAAAGCAUUUUUGGAAGGUUUCAAUUCAGUCGUGCCCCUGGAAUGGCUCAAAUAUUUCGACGAACGUGAGCUGGAGCUGAUGCUUUGUGGCAUGCAAGAAAUAGAUGUUGAAGACUGGCAGCGCAAUACUAUUUACAGACAUUACACUCGCAACAGCAAACAGAUCUUGUGGUUCUGGCAGUUUGUAACAAGGACAGAUAGUGAAAAAAGAGCUCGAUUAUUACAGUUUGUAACUGGCACUUGUCGUGUACCCGUCGGCGGAUUUGCUGAAUUAAUGGGAAGCAACGGCCCGCAAAGAUUUUGUAUAGAGAAGUUUGGAAAGGAUACCUGGUUGCCGAGAUCACAUACAUGUUUUAAUAGAUUAGAUUUACCACCUUACAAGAGUUAUGACCAAUUAGUAGAGAAAUUGAAUUACGCGAUUGAAGAAACAGAAGGUUUUGGCCAAGAGUAAUUGUAAACAUACUAAUCAAUAAUAUGUGGUAGGUAUACUACAUCUGUGUAUAAUUAGUGGAUGAUAAAAAGGAAAAUUUAGUAUAGCGCCACAAACUGAUGGUAAACGAAUUCAUGCUACAUUCAAAAUCCAUUGAGGGCAGCUAUCAUUAACACUGUAAAAGUUCCGAAUAAUUAAAGAUGUUCAUAGGUACAUUGCUCGAAAGAAUUUGUAUGAAACGUCUUAAAUUAUAUGCAAAUAAUGUAAUAAUCUAAAUUAUAAUACCAAUUUAUUCCAAUAUGUUUCAUAUCUUAUUGACAUUUUUUACUUAAUCGUGGAAACUGUAUAAAACGUUAAUAAGACAUGAAAAAUUAUAUAAUA